AGUCGGUACGUGUACUCUCCACGAUGUCACUUCCACACAUGAUGUUACAGUAAUGUGCAGGCAUAUCUGUGCGUAUUAAUAAUUACUGCUUUUCGCGCAUAAGCCUGACCAACUCGGAUACGUUUCCAGUUACCUUGCAGUGUUUGAAAAAUUUCUCCUUUUCGCCAUGGACAGCCUGGAAAACAGUGAGGAGGACCACGUGACCCUGUUAAUCGGCCGCAACAGCCUGGCCGUGCCGCGCGAGCGCCUCGUCCGCGCCUCCGACUACUUCGCGGCGAUGCUGGCGCCCGCCCGCGGGGGCUUCCGCGAGGAGACCGCCGCCAGCGUGCGCUUAACCCUGCCGCCCUGGGUGGACGGCGGCGCGGUCACCGCCCUCCUCCACCACGUCAGCGACGACGCCUUCCCGCUGGUCAUUUCCGGGGAGAACGCCGAGCGCUACUUGAUCGCCGCCAGCUAUCUCCAGCUGGAGCGGAUCACCCAGCAGAGCGCCACCGCCCUGGUGGGCAGUCUGAACGUCGACAACGCCUGCCGCUUGUGGCGCAUAGGAUCGGCGCACCACCAGGCCGGGUUAAAGGAGACCGCCCUGCGGGUGGUGGUUAAGCAUCUGCCGGCGUUGAUGAUGACCGACGACUUCCGGGAGUGCACCGCCGAGGAGCUGAUGGAGGUCCUGGCGCAUGACGAUGUGCAGAUCGUGUCCGAGAAGGAACUCUACGAUGUGGUGAUUUCCUGGUGUCGCUUCGACAGCGCCACGCGGUGGAACGAAGCCACCCUGGACAGUCUCCUGAACGAACUGGAUUGGAAACAACUGUCCGACGUAUCCCACAUCCUGUCCAUCUCCGCCGAGGAGCCCCUCCGCAGCUGCAUCCAGAGGGCAUCCGGCCGCAUCGGCGCUCCCUCCGACGCGCACCCCGGGGCGGGCGCCCCCUCCGUCCCGGUAAAAAAGAAGCGCAACGCCCGUCGCUUCGUUCUCUUCUUCAACGCCGUCAAGGACAGCCUCGGCCGGUACGCCCUGCACCUCCAGCUGUACGAUCCGCGCUGGAACACCCUGCGCCAACUGCACCCGCCCGCGGCGCUGCAGGGCAAGGACAUCAUGGAGUGCGGCGUCGCCGCCGGGCCGGAAGUCCUUUACAAGGUCCGCUUCCAGGACACCUUCACCACCGUGGCGUUGGACGUGGUCCGGGGGGUGUGGCGCGGUCUCCCGGGGGCGGACGCCGUCAUCUUCCAGCGCAUCUUCAAACCGGUGGUCGUCGGCGACGGUCUCUACGGCUUCGACCGGGAGAACUCCAAGAAAUUCCUACGGGUGGACCUCCGGACCCAGGAAGCCACACCCCUCCCCCCGCCGCCGACCCGCCGGAAGAGCUACGGGACCGCGGUGAUAGGCGGGGUCAUCUACUACAUCGGCGGGUGGAGCGUGUACGCCCGGGCCGUCUCCAACACCGUCGAGGCCUUCCACACGGACCGCGGGGCGUGGGAGGCCUGUCCCGGGCUGGUGGAGCCCCGGCGGGACUGCGCGGCCGUCGUCCUGGAGGGCGGUGACCUUUUUGUGACGGGCGGGUGGCGCGUGCAGCCACUGCGUUCCUGCGAGCGAUUAAAAGUGAACGAGGAGACGCCGGCGUGGGAGGUGGUGGGCGGCGGGAUGAAGGAGGCCCGCGCCGAGCACGGGGUGUUUGUGAGGGAGGGGCGGGUGUGUGUCUUCGGGGGGAAUAGUAGCGAGAAUGUGGCGGUGCGCAGCAUGGAGGAAUACGACGCCGGAAGCGGUGUGUGGAGAGAAAUGCAGGUAACUGCCGGCAUGAACAACGGGGAUAGUGAGACGUACGCGCGCAGCUGGCAGAACCGCACCUGUCUGCCGAUUGAGUGGCCCUGAAUGCGGACGUCCGGUCUAGAACGUAGUGUUUAAAACGCAGAACCUUCUGCUUUGUAACAGACGUUGAAUGGAUGCAGUGAAGGAGUGCAAUUACUCGUAUUACAAAUUUAAAACAAUACUAUUGUAUAUUUAUUCGGGCAACAGCCUAUUAACAGAACAGCAAGCCUGCGCUGGUAGAUACUAAUUAAAGAUUCCGAAUUUACACAUUGAAGAAACAACCAAAAUCAUUACAGUCAUUUCCAACUUUCAAUCGUGCAUUUAAUGUACCCAAGACAGCGGCCGCAUUUCCUCUAACAACAGCGAGACUGAAACGUUGUCUAAGGAAGGCAGUGGAUCGA